UAGUGAUCCAUUGCUUCCCAACUCUUCUCUUUCAGUUUGAUCAGCAACACUUUGUUUUUUUUAUUCAACCCAAAAUCAAAGUUAAUUAUGGCAUACAAUGUGUUCUUAUGCUUUCUAACUAUUAUUGUUCCCUUCCACCUUUCGUCGUCUUCAAAAACGAUAACCGAAGCAAAGGUUUCAGCAGUCGUAGUCUUCGGUGAUUCAUCGGUUGAUGCUGGAAAUAACAACUUCAUUCCCACCAUUGCAAGAAGCAACUUCUUUCCAUAUGGUCGGGAUUUCACUGGCGGAAAGGCGACGGGGAGAUUUUCCAAUGGAAGAAUUCCCACAGAUUUCAUUUCUGAGGCAUUUGGGUUGAAGCCAACUAUUCCGGCUUACUUGGAUCCUGCAUAUACCAUCUCCGAUUUGGCCACUGGACUCACUUUUGCUUCUGCUGGAACUGGCUAUGACAAUGCCACUUCCAACGUUUUGUCAGUGAUACCAUUGUGGAAGCAACUUGAAUACUAUAAGGAAUAUCAAGCAAAGUUGAUAGCAUAUCAAGGCUCAUCCACAGCAAAUGAAACAAUAAAAGAAGCUUUAUAUGUUAUGAGCUUAGGAACCAAUGACUUUUUGGAGAAUUACUACACAAUGCCUGGCCGUUCAUCACAGUACAACAUUCAACAAUACCAAGACUUUCUCGUCGGGAUUGCGAGCGGGUUUAUCGAGAAGCUUUAUAGCCUCGGCGCUAGGAAAAUAUCUCUCGGUGGUCUACCUCCGAUGGGGUGCUUGCCGUUGGAAAGAACAAGAAACCUUUUUGGAGGCAACAACUGUUUGGAGAGUUACAACAAUGUUGCUGUGGAUUUCAACAACAAACUCAAGGCUUUGACUGUGAAACUUAACAAGGACCUUCCCGGCAUCCAGUUGGUGUUUUCCAAUCCCUAUGACGUUCUCCUGAGCAUGAUCAAAAAGCCUUCUCUCUACGGGUUUGAUGUGACAUCAACAGCAUGUUGUGCUACUGGGAUGUUUGAAAUGGGGUAUGCUUGCAACCGGGACAGCAUGUUUACUUGCACAGAUGCAAACAAGUACAUUUUUUGGGACUCAUUUCAUCCAACUCAGAAAACCAACCAACUCGUCUCUAGUUAUGUGGUCAAAAAUGUACUUUCACAGUUCCUGUGAUCAAUUAAUCUAAAAUUUUGGAUGUUUUUGAAAACUUGUAUUAGAAAAAAAAAACUAAAAAAUGUUUCUGAAACUUGUUUACAUAAUAGAAUGGCUUUUGUUCAGAAAAAAAAAGGUAGAAAAAUGUCUUUUCAACAGUCAUAUUUGGUCGAAUACGACUUUUGGAGAGAGAUUUCAAUAUCUUUGGACAAAAUAAUAUUUCUAUUCAUGUUCGAAUAAGUUUCAAAAACACUUCAUAAAUUUCGAAACCUACUAUAUGUUUUAGGAAAAAUAUGAUCAGUACCCCUCUGAUAUAGUACUAUAGACUUUUGCUUCCAAGCAGCUUAAAUAUAUGUAUGUAUCAAAUAGUAUAAACUUGUACUAUGUAUUAUAUAUUAAUAUAUAUAAGUUAAAUAUAUAAUACAUUAUAAGCCUAGCUAGUUUCAACUAGCCUAUAGAAGCUAGCACAAGGCCCAGGAGCUUUGAUUGGAUUUGUUUAUCAUUCACCUAAGAAUUUUGAUUAGUAGUUUAAAUCCCCAAGCUUUGUUAUAUGUAA